AUGAACCCUUAUAGGCACUUUUAUGAUUUUCUUUUUACCCCAGCUCGACCGGAAUGCUCAGCCGGCUCUGCUCGGUGUUCCGUCUCUGCACCAUCGACCAGGGAUGCAGGACCUUUACGGUUCUACUGGACUUAUAAUGGAACCAAAGACGUUCUGCCGAUCCCUGCUUCGAACGUGACGGUGAUGGGCUCCAGUAGCAUGGUCAUCCAUGGACUUCAAGAGGAUGCUGAUGACGACCUUGGCUGGCUUGCGUGCUGGGCCAGCAAUGAUAUCGGGAACCAGCGAGAACCUUGUCUGUUCAGGAUAAUGCCUGCUGCACUCCCAGAAGCUCCAAGCAACUGCGAGAUAGAAAACGAGCUGCUGCAAUGCGAGCCGGGUCACGACGGGGGACUGUCGCAGCAGUUCUUGCUGGAAGCCUUGGAGGAGGUACGGCCUCGAUCAGAAAUCAACCACGAGGACAAUGAGAUCUCCACCAUGAACGAUCAGGGCAUUUCCGGGCGUGGUCUCACUGAAGCCGUGUACCGCGUGAGGAACGACAAGCCUCAAUUCUCGCUCGAUGCUUUGUCGCCUGGACGGUAUACAUUGCUGGUUUAUGCUGAGACGCCGAGGGGCAGGUCUCCUAGGCCAGCAGCGUUGAGAAGUGUCUCUAUAAGAACUGCCGAUGAUAUGGAUCGACCUGGUUCUCUUCAGACCUUAACUCCAGCACCACCGCCGCCUCCGACCAACGACAACAGCGUGGCGCUGUUAGUCGGUGCUGCAUUAUCAUUAGUAUUGUUGACCAUCCUUACCACCCUUUGUGUGGCUUUGGUGGUCAU